GUGGCGGCGGGCCCGGGCGCGCAGCAGCAGCAGCAGCGGCAGCGGCAGCUCCGAGAGCGGCCGGCCUACACUCGCACAUCGACCGCCGCGCCGGCCGCGAUGCCGGCUGUCUGCCCACCAGGCGCGCCUCUGACGUCACCAAACACUGUGCGUGCGUCGGCGGUGCCGACUGCCGACGGCCGUGCGCCUCCACCUCGCCGCUGCCGCUCUCCUCGUUGAUGACACGACCGCGUUCCGCUGGCUCGGAGAACCGCACAAAAGCGGCAGUUGCCGUCCCCCUUCUCCUCAAACUGUCCGCCCACUCUCUGGGACUCGCAGUGAGAAGAUCGUCGACCGCCGUAUAACUGUCAACAGAUGAGGUUUCGACACCUACAAUGCAGAAUAUCGGUACCGCUGAAAGACUUGCGCUGAGGUCGCGGCCGCAGACAUGAGUGCCGGCGGGGACCGCGGCGUGGCAGCAGGAGGCCGCUGGCUGAUGACGCUGGCGUUGGUGUCUGCGGGCCUGGCGGCCGUGUCGCCCCCGCCGCCCCCUCCACCGCCGACCCCGCCGCGCUGCCGGCUGUCCGAGUUCCCGUGCGGCGGCGGCGGCGGCGGCGGCGGCGGCCCCUGCGUCGCCCUCGACAGGUUCUGCGACGGCGCGGCCGACUGCGGCGACAAGUCCGACGAGCCGCGCUACUGCUCCCCGUGCAACAGGACGUACUACGGCGACGUGGGCCGUACGUACGAAUUGGAGGUGCGACGACCGCGGGAAGACCGCCUGCCCUUUCUAUGCCACCUCAACUUCACGGCUGCUGGAGGUGACUAUGGGGACAUCGUGCAGCUGACGUUCGACACGUUCACGGUGGGCAAGUUCGUGUCGUUCACGAGCGACGGCUGCCCGGACGGCCACAUGAGCAUCCGGGAGGCGGGCCGGCCCUCCACGGGAGGGCAGUGGUGCGGCAGCGCCUGGGGCUACACCGUCUACUACAGCGAGACGCCCUCCAUCAACCUCACCCUGCUGCUCUACAAGCUGUCCGAGCAGGGAAUCGGCUACAACUUCAACUUUAAGUUGUCGUACAAGGUGCUGCGCGAGGAGGAAGCGCGGGUGCGUUACGGCAACCUGUCGGCAUCUUCCAACAGCAGCAGUGGCGGCGGCGCCAGUGGCAGCGGCAACGGCGUGCCGGCGUGGCGCGGCGACCUGGUGCCCGGCUCGUACUGCGACCGCGUGCUGGAGCGGUGCGACGCGCGCGCCUGCCGCGUGCAGUCACCCAACUACCCGGGCGUGUACCCGCGCAACGCCACCUGCUACUACCGCGUGGAGCAGCGGCCCGUGCCCAGCGGCCGGCACGCGCUCAUCGCCGUCAGCCAGCGCCACUCGCACAAGGUGCACAUCAAGGACCAGGUCGCCGAGUACGACCGCACGCAGCGCGUGCUCAGGGUGUGGGAGCAGUGUAACGUGGUGCAGGACUACCUGACGAUUUACGACGGCUCGUCGACGACGGACCCGGUGCUGGUGCGGCUGUGCGGCGGCGACGCGGUGCCCGACAUUGUCAGCAGCGGGCCCAACAUGCUUCUCGAGUUCCACACCUCGCCCUACGACAACCCCUUCCACCCCGUGCCGCUCAGCUACCUGCCUGGCUUCGAGCUGCAAGUCGAGGUGGUGUUUGUGGACGCCCGGUCCCACAGCUACGUGCGCGACCGCAGGCACUGCGAGUUCCUGCUGACGAGCUUCGACGCGCCGUGGGGCGAGGUGGAGAGCCCGCAGCACUCGCUGCCGCCCAACACGACGUGCCGCUACCACUUCCAGGGCCGGCGCCACGAGACGGUGUGGCUGUCGUUCCUCAAGUUCCACCGCGCCGACUGGGACACGGGGGCGGCGGUGGCGGGCUGCGUGAGCCUCUGGGACGGCCGGCUAGACCCGGUGACCAACAGCAGCGGCGGCGGCGGCGCGGGGGCGGUGCAGCUGCUGGGCGAGUUCUGCAAGGAGGAGGCGCCGCGCCUCUGCGACCACAGCCUGCUGAGCAACAGCACGCGCCACACCCGGCCGUGCGCGCUGCCCGAGAGCUACGUGUCGUCGGGCCCGGAGCUGACGCUCGACACGUUCCAGGCGAGCGCGCUCUUCCCGCUGUCGUUCGUGCUGCGCUACGAGUUCGUCGACACGUCGCUGGAGGGCGCGCCCGCCGCCGGCGCCGAGGCCGGCCCCUGCGACCGCGUCUUCCGCUCGUCGCCGCUGUCGCCGCGCGCCGGCCGCUUCCAGUCGCCGCGCAGCGUCUUCCUGUACGGCCGCGGCGGCGCGCACAACCUCAGCUGCGUGCUGCGCUUCGAGGCGGCGCCGGGCGAGCGCGUGCGCCUCACGCUGGCGCGCGCCAGGUUCGGCGGCCGGCCGUGCCAGACGCGCCGCGACGCCGACACCGACCGCUGGUCGUGCGCCGUCACGCCCAGACUGCCGCUCAAGAAAUUUGCCAGGAGGAAGCGCGUCGGCGUGGCGGAGCUCUCCCUGUCGGAGUACCCCUGGACAGGAGUAAAGAUACAGAGAGACUGCUUUUGUUCUCCAGUGCUCGAACCGGUCGUGAUCGACACACUGACCGCGUCCACCGUAGAGGUCAACUUCACCGUAACGUUCAUGAACAUCACCCAGGACUUCAAAGACUUCUUCUUCGACGGAGAGUACGAAUUCAUCUCCAGCUCCGACGCCGGCACACCUGCCUGCGGACAGUCCAAGGAAAACGUCGUACUUCGCGGCUCCAGUGGCGAAAUACUCUUGGGCGGCGCGGCUGUGAAGCCUUCCACCACUUCCGAACUGCCUAAGCUGAAGGUGGAGGAAGGUGUCCAGAGCGACUCGAACGACGUCCUGCCAUCGCGGUGCAUACACCUUCCAUGGCUCAUCCAACCGGAGGACGCGCUCAAUAACUACUUGUACGUAAAGAUCGCAGGCUGGGAGCUCACAGGUGACAGGCGCGACUGUCCGACGCCGAACCGUAUACUCGUGCACUCUGGAGACGGUCACCGGCCCUCGGUAGUGGUGUGUCCCGCCAGUGCUGGCGCUGCCGCAGACAACGAGGUGUCCGGAGGGGGCGUUGUGGACGUGUUUUCGGACGGCUGGGACCACCGCAGUCCAGUGCAGCCGGCAGAUAUCCUUCCUGCGCUGCGGUCGCCACACGCGCGCAGCCUGGUGGUCGAGUUCCUGGAGAGGCGGCCCGGCACCAGCUAUGCCGUCACGUGGAUGGAGGUGUCACGGCGACCUCUGCUCUCGGCGUCCAGCUAUCUGCUCACUGCCUCCUCUGCAGCGCCUUCGGAAUGCUUAUAUCGGUGUCCGGAGCUGAACGCGUGCAUCAGCGCGGCGCUGUGGUGCGACGGCGCGCGCCACUGCCCGUCCGGCUUCGACGAGGACGACGCCAACUGCGCGUACCAGGCGGCGGUGCCGGUGCUGUACGCGGCCAUCGGCGGCGCGGCGCUGGCGGCGCUCGUGCUGCUCGUCACGGCGACGCUGCUGGUGCGCGUGUGGAGGCGGCGCCGCGCGCGCUCCCACAAGCCGCCCCCGCAGCUCGUCUCCGCCGCCGGCCGCCGCCCCAACGGCAGGCACUUCCACACCGACCCGCUCUUCCUCGACGCCAAGGACGCCGGCCUCUGCUGAGCUAUCGCCGUCUCCCGACCCGCGACGUAACACCGAGUGCGAAACUUCGUGUAAAGGAGGAACCUGUUGAAAUACGAUACCUUACCCAAACGCUGAUAACGUACACUGGUCUUAACGCGAAGACCGUCAAAGCUGGUGAUCUAGUGUGUUGGUGUCACGAAUAAUGCCACGCUCCUUGCAGGCCAAGUGUUCUGUGUGUGUGAGGUUGUAAACGAAUUUAUUUUCGUCAGGGCUGCAGACAAUCUUUACUCGGAUGACACUUUUCUCGAUGUGGCACUGGCUUACUCAGAAGACGAUUGUUGAAACUGGAAACAACCACGGAAUGUUUAUGUAACGUAGGGUGACUUUUCGAAGUGUAUGGAAAAUCAAAUGAAGUACCAAAAAACCGAAGAGAUACGUACCUUUAUUCCACGAAAAACAAUAUUUUCACAGCUCUUUUCACUAUUGUGUUGCUCACAAUCAACACGUUGCAGAGACGUAAAAACGAGUAAUUCAUAUGUAAACUCUAUUAAGAAAUACGAUGGAUUUUCCGAAAGUAAAUUCCAGUCAGUCGCGAAAUGAAAACCACAGUGAAAUCAAAAUUUCUUUCAUUCUCAACAGUUAGCCACACUUUCCAGCUACCUUACUCAAUUUUUGCCGCUCCGACUUACUCAUUUGUCGUGGCAUUAUACAAACUUCCCAGUACCGUGGUCACAGAAAGAAAUCGCCUUUGUCGUGGACCUAUACUUUCCAGUACCCUCGUCACAGAAACGAGCCGCCUAUGUUUUCGGUCAAUUUUCUACGCUGAUCUGCCUUUCGUUGUUGUGCCAAAAUGUUGUCUUCCUACCUAGCGGUUCAUGUGAUCAUGUGAGCAGAGAUGAACAACUGAGAGAGCCAAUUAAAGGCUGUAUUGGAGAUGAGCAAACACUUCCCAUAGAAAAUGCUGCAGGAACAUCUUCAUUGUCCCUGCAGAAUGCGACAGAAAAUUGUCUUGAAGAAAGAAACGCACGAUAUUUAUUUUAUGUGUGCUCCACAUCUUCAGGAAAAAUCUCUGACCAGAUCAACAUACUUGGCGGGAGGCACUGUUGUUUUACACUUUUAUAGGAGGGUACUUUGCCCUCUGAACUGAAAAGAGCGUCGUGAAGCGAUCGACAGGCACACUUAACACACUGCUCAACACAUCUGUGCAAAUCUCCUUCGGACUUUCACAGUGGUUUCCAUUUCGCGCCUAACUGAACCUUACUUUUCGAAUACGCCUCGUAUUUUUAUUUUCAUCCACUACCCAUCACAGUUGCGAUAAUUAUUUCUUUGUGGCUACUAGUGUCCAACCACCAUAGCAUACAAAACAUUUUGUUGUGUUAACAAAGGUAAAAAUUGCAAUAUACUUCCACAACUGUACAUACAUUGGCAGCAAUUUUCAGUAUUGAACCCAGCGAUACAUUGUCCUAAAUUUGGGGUCACUAUAAUUUCUCUCCAUUGGCUGGCUGACCAAGGUGGCGAACGUUGCCAAGCAAAGGUUUUAUACGUAUCCGCUUCGUGGUCAACACAAACCGGGAACUCUCAUAUAAGUUAUUUGUUCCUCCAAAUGGCUGCCUUAUGUGGCACAGGCUGGUUCGAGAUGUCUUUCUCGGAAAUAAAAAUUAUAUUAAUUGCUUAGUAAGCGGUUAACGAAAUCAAAAAAUUAACAAUAACAUUCGUCAUUUCACUGUCUGUCAUUUCUGCAGGUGAGAUUUCCCCUACACAUUGUAAAGUCACCCUGUAAAGAAGAACUUCUUCUACUACCGAAACUUCCAAUACGUACAGCAGCUUGGUUGGCACGACUGCACUCGGCGUGAAGGCAUAGAAAAGCACUGUCGCUACUGAAAGUUGAGAGAACCUCUGUCCACAAAAUCAGUCAUGGCGCUGAUAUUUAAGCUGUAAAACUGGGCCAAUUUCUUAGAGUCAGUGUGAAGCAUAAAGGAAGAUGGUCAAUGUAUUUUUUGUCUCAGUUCGUUCUCUCUGAAAAGAUGAUACAAGAAACAAUAUUAACAGGCAAGAUAUGUUUCGACAGUGAAACCUCAUCUACCGGAGACCUAUAAUGUUGUUUCAGAGAUUCUCUAACUAUGGUGACAUUAAUGCGAGCCCGAACUCCUUUUAAAUAUAGUAAUAUCGUAAAAUAAAAACAUCAAAACAGGAAUGGGUGUCACUAAGAUUAUAAUAUUGUCCAGCCCACAAUUUGAGUACUUUUCUGAAAGCAACUACACGCUGACAUUCCCUGAUUGUCACAAGUUCGUGAACUAUCCGUUCUCCUCUACAACUGAUUAUCACAGCUAUUUGCAAGUUCACAUAGUGUCUCUUACACAUAGAGACUGAACCAUCAGCCAGUAUAUAAACAGCUUUAAACAGUCGCUGUGCUUCCUUUGUGUGCGUCCCGCCUUUCCAUUGAAACUGUUACGAAACGAGUCUGGAUACGAAGUGUUUGGUGAUUAGCAAGCACCGACUGAUAUGUGAUAGACCAACAAAUCAGGUUCUGCAUCGAUUGUAAACAUGGCUUCUGCAGCCAUACAAAACCACUGUGAUGAUUCUAGUCUGUUCUGUGACGUCUGAACGCUUCGUUGUCGGUAUACGUGUAUGGCUAAUCGAUAUUGUUACGCUGUGGAGAAACGAUUGACAGCAUUCCCAACAGCUAAGAAUACAACGACUUUGCCUUCUUCUUUCUGUGUAGACUGAUGAUCUGUGCCAAUCCUGAAUAGAUAAAAACUGUUUCAAUAAUUUACUAUUGUUUAAUGUGUAAUUGAAGUUUAUAAAAAGAAAGAAUAAAUAGCUUGAAAAAUGU